GCCUCGCGCGCUGGGGCUCGGGAGCCGACCUGGGCGCCGCCGCAAUGGCGUGGCGGGCCUUGCCGCUGCGUGUGUCUCUCCUGCUGCUCCUGCUGCCGCUCCCGGGGCUGCCCGCGGGCUCCUGGGAUCCGGCCGGCUACCUGCUCUACUGCCCAUGCAUGGGGCGCUUCGGGAACCAGGCUGAUCACUUCUUGGGCUCCCUUGCAUUUGCAAAACUAUUGAACCGCACCCUAGCUGUACCCCCUUGGAUUGAGUACCAACAUCACAAGCCUCCAUUUACCAAUGUCCAUGUGUCCUUCCAGAAGUACUUCAAACUGGAGCCCCUCAAGGCCUACCAUCGGGUCAUCAGCCUGGAGGACUUCAUGGAGAACCUGGCCCCCACCCAUUGGCCCCCUGAGAAGCGGGUAGCAUACUGCUUUGAAGUGGCGGCCCAGAGAAGCCCUGACAAGAAGACAUGCCCGAUGAAGGAAGGAAACCCCUUUGGCCCAUUUUGGGAUCAGUUUCAUGUGAAUUUCAACAAGUCGGAGCUUUUUUCGGGCAUUUCCUACAGCGCCUCCUACAAAGACCAGUGGAUCCAGAGAUUUUCUCCAAAGGAACAUCCAGUGCUGGCCCUGCCAGGGGCCCCAGCCCAGUUCCCCGUCCGGGAAGAGCAUAGGCCGCUGCAGAAGUACGUGGUAUGGUCUAAUGAGAUGGUGAAGACAGGAGAGGCCCUGAUCCGCACCCACCUCAUCCGGCCCUACGUCGCUAUUCACCUACGCAUUGGCUCCGACUGGAAGAAUGCCUGUGCCAUGCUGAAGGAUGGGACUGCGGACUCCCACUUCAUGGCCUCUCCGCAGUGUGUGGGCUAUAACCGCAACUCAGCGACCCCUCUCACCAUGACUAUGUGCCUCCCAGACCUGAAGGAAAUCAAGCGGGCCGUGGAGCUCUGGGUGUGGACUCAAAACGCCCGGUCUGUCUACAUCGCCACGGAUUCUGAGAGUUAUGUGCCAGAGAUCCAGCAGCUCUUCAAAGGGAAGGUGAAAGUGGUGAGCCUGCAGCCUGAGGUGGCCCAGAUCGACCUGUACAUCCUUGGCCAAGCUGACCACUUUAUUGGCAACUGUGUCUCCUCCUUCUCCGCGUUCGUGAAACGGGAACGAGACCUCACGGGGAAGCCAUCCUCUUUCUUUGGCAUGGACUGGCCCCCACAGUUUCGGGACGAGUUCUGAUCUAGGCUGGAGCACAUCACCAGCCCAGCUGGUCCCUCCAGCCAGGCCUGGCACCCAGAGCUGCUCCCAGGAUUGACCUCAAAGGAGCAGGCCAAAAAGAGAAGCAGCUGCCAAGGAUAGAGAAAAGUACCAGGGACUUCCUGGGGCGGAAGAUGGUCCAUCUCCCCAGGGUACAGGACUUCCAAGUUCCUAAGAGCCAGACCAUCUUCCCUGCUCCCGUGCUUCUGGGAGUUUCUCACACCAGCAAAACAGUCCAACCACUGCCUUUGGUCUACCCUGCUCUUAUUAGGGGCAGAAAUAGAAUAUUGCAGACCAGCUAUAAUUAUAAGAAAUCCUAGAGGCCCGGUGCAUGGAUUCGUGCACCAGUGGAGUCCCUCAGCCUGGCCUUCUCCCUCUCAAAGCAGCAGGCAGCCAGGGAGGAACCCGAGCCUGGGCUGGGCCCCCGGGCAGCUCCCGCUCAUCCCAGCCCCGCUGCACCUGCCACCACCAUUGCUCGGCAGCGCACUGCCGCAGCAGCUGCACUCACCAGCCUUGAGCCUGGCAUCUGGCAUCCGUCAGUCAGCUGAGUGGCGCUACCACUGUGGGAGUGCACUGACCACCGGGGGCAGCUCCUGCGUUGAGUGUCUGUCCCCUGAUGGUCAGUGCACGUCAUAGCAACUGGUCAAACGGUCAUUCGGUCACUUAGGCUUUUUUAUAUAUAGAUUAAUCAUGCUCUGUUAACCAUCAUUGUUUUGUUCUGAUUAAAGAAAGUACAUUCCCACCUGGCUGGGAGUUGCACGCGGGACCUGGGAGCUCACCUCGAAAUUCAUCCCAUCCUCCACAUCUGGGAGCUACCUCUUAUCAUGGAAAGAUUAACCAGAGGUGCCAGCCCUUUACAAGCCCCCAGGUCUUUGCAAACCCCCCGCCCACAUUACCUGUAAACUACCCGUUUUGCAUACCUAUUCUUAUCCCUUUUGCCUACUUCCCCAUGUAACCUUUGUCCUUCUACCCAAUAUAAGCAGCUGGUUUAUGGGGGAGGGAGAGAUAGAGAGCAGAUUCUUGUGGAUGACCUGCUGCUCUCUCAUACUGCCGGCAGUAUUGGAAUAAACGCUCAUAUAUGAUUCAACCCUGUCUCUGCUUAAUUGGCUCAAGUAGUGACAGGCAGCCCAGACCCAUUGAUUGUCCGGUUUCACUC